GACUCGUGUCGAAAGAAGAAGACACCACCGGACACUUGUCGACUCCACCACCGGCGAGGCGGAAGAACAACCAGCCUGGCUAACGACACGCUUCCCCAUUUCAAUCCACCUUUCUUUUCCGGUACAUAUUUAUGUUCCAAAAAAGGGUCAUCAAGAUUUUCUUUUUCAUUUCCCCCCUUCUUGAUUUCUAUCUUCAGUCUUGAGUUUUUUGUUCGUCUUCCUCUUAGAAGAACAAAAAAGAAACCGUGAUUUAAAUUUUAAUCAGAUGAAGGAAUACAAACGGAUCUUGCUUUCCCUUUUCCUUUUCUUUGUUUGGGAAUUGUUUGUUCUAUCUGGUGUUUGGAAAUUGGACUGUGUAGGAGAUUAUAUGGAUGUGGGGUUUGGCUAGUUUGAGGCUGCUGCAAAAAUAAACGAGCCUGCUUAGUAUUUUCAUGUCCUGGAAGUUGUCAAUUAUGAACUUGGGAAAGUGUUAUAAGAGUAGUGAAGUGGGUAUAAUAGAUUUUUUGUUCUUCAGGCAGCUGUCUUCUUCAAAGGAAGAGAUUCUAGUCCACGUCUCUGGACAAAGAUCGAAUUUUUAUGUGUAACUAGGAAUGCUUUUGCCAUUUUAUUUCAAAAGAUUGUGUCUUUAAUGUAGUAUAUUGGCAGGAAACUGUAAAACCUGCGUGGAGACAGUAUUUAAUUAUGAGCAAUUAAUAAUUUUCUUUGUAUUUUGUGGGUGUGUGAUGAAAAUUUUGCUAAGCAAAUAUGAUGAGAAAAUGAUAAAAGAUUUGAAUUCUGAAUAUGUGAAUCUAUGAAGAAGGUUUCAUUUCAAUGUUAUUAUCCCCAUCAGAUGUAGGUGGAAACUGCCGUUUAACCGCUAGAGAACUGAUGGUUUGAUCAUUUGAAAUGCACAACUACAAUCUAUCUACAUGAAUCUUUAUUUGUUUCUUUUUGUUAUGUCAUCCACUUGAGGAUCAAUUUCAAGUUAUCAAACUAUUGAAACUAGCAUAAAUCAUUAACAUUAGCUACAUGCUUUUGUCAUUUACAGCAUAAAUUUUUAUUUGUUUCUUUUUGUUUUGUCAUCCACUUGAGGAUCAGUUUCAAGUUGGUCAACAAUGGGUUCUUACUUGAACUUCAAGGGGGAAAAUCCGCUGACCAGACAACCUUCAAUAUACUCUCUGACCUUCGAAGAGCUCCAGAGUUCAUAUGGUGGACUUGGGAAGGACUUUGGGUCAGUGAACAUGGAGGAUCUUUUGAAAAACAUCUGGACAGCUGAGGAGGAAUCCCAAGCCUUUGCAUCUGCGGAGGCUGCAACUGUCCCGUGUGGGAACUUCUUGCAGAGACAAGUUUCUUUAACACUGCCUCGGACUCUUAGCCAGAGAACUGUCGGUGAAGUGUGGAAAGACUUCCAAAAAGAGGCAGUGUCCAAGAACUAUGGAGAAAUAACACUGGAAGAGUUUUUAGUGAAGGCUGGGGUUGUAACAGAGGACAAAGAACCUACCGGAGGUACCCUACAGGAACGACCUCAGCUACCUUUGUAUUCUAACAAACAGCCCACUGCAGCUUUUGUAUCCCUUGGGCAUCCACUGUCUUCAGAUGUUGUUGCUAAGAGAAACUUGGAUGCAUCUUCAUUAUCACCAUCACCUUAUGUGUUUAAUGAGGGUGGAAGGGGGAGGAGAGGAUGCAGUUCUUUAGACAAAGUAGUGGAGCGGAGGCGGAAGAGAAUGAUUAAAAACAGGGAAUCUGCUGCAAGAUCACGAGCCCGGAAGCAGGCUUAUACUUUAGAAUUGGAAGCAGAAGUAGCAAAACAAAAGGAGAUCAACGCACAACUGAGGAAAAAGCAGGCUGAACUUUUGGAGAUGCAGAAGAAACAGCAGGAAGAGAAAGAAAAAAGAGGGCAUCAGAGUUGCAAGUCAAUGUGUUUGAGGAGGACGCAAACCGGACCCGUGUAAAAAGAGUUCCUUGGGAAGAAGAAGCAUAUAAAGAGAUGGAACCCAAUGCAUGCAGUUAGCUUCAUAGAGUGCUCCCACAUGUUCUUAGCAUUUUUGCUUUUGUUAGUUCCAUAUCUGUGUUUGUUUUGAAGGUUGCCAUAUUGUGCAGUUUAGUUUUGUAAUUAAGCUCUAAUAUAAUAUGAAGUCUUAU